GAUGGGUGCAUACCGUAAUGGUGACGGAAGGGAGGUGAAUCGGAAGUACUACGAUUGCGAUGUGUGCCGCCUCUACUUGUCCUGCCUUUGUCCUCACGAGUUCUUCCAAUUAAUGAAAAUGGAUAUGGGGCCAUGUCCAAAGGUCCACUCUUUGCAGCUGAGGAGAGAAUAUCAAGAAGCUAAGGCAAAAGGCAUCGAUAAUUAUGACAGAGAGUUGGAAGAUGCUAUGACAGGCUCAUUGUUGAGUGUGAUAGGAAAAUUGCUAGAGCUCUCAAGCAUCUUGAAGAUGAGGAUGCAAAGGCCACUAUUGCUAUAUCAGUCUCUGAAGUUACUCAGAUCUUGAAGGCAAGACAGAUCUUAAAAUAUGAGCUCUAGAAGAAGUAGAAGAGCUUACAACUAAAAGAGCAGAUAAACAGUCAACACUGCUUUUGGAUGCAUUCAAUAAAGAUCGAGCAUCUUUGCGCCAACCAUUGCUAAACCCUCCAUCUUUAGCACCAUUGCCUGUGCCUGCACCUGAUCCUCAGACCCAGGAAAUGAUAAAUGAGAAGCUGAAGAAAGCUGAGAAUCUUGGUGAGAAGGGGAUGGCAGAUCAGGCACAAAAAGCAUUAGAAGAGGCUGAAGCACUCAAGAAGUUCUCUGCCAGACAGGAGCCUAUUCUGGAUUCCUCAAAAUAUACUGCUGUUGAUGUUCGCAUUACUGAUCAAAAGCUACGUGUUUUUGAUAUUUGUGGAGCAUUUUUGAGUGUUUAUGACAGUGACUGAUGUUUAGCAGAUCAUUUUGGAGGCAAACUUCAUUUAGGCCAUAUGCAAAUCCGUGAUAAAUUAGCAGAACUUCAGGUAAGAUGAUUUACAUGCUUAGUACAUGCUGACUAUCUAUGGUGGCUCUGCUUUAAGUGUUUUAGUGCCUGGCAUCCAAGCUGUGGGUUGUAUAAAUUGCCUGAACUAUC